CUCUUGAACAAACGCACACUCUCUGAUCUCAAACGCCCCAACGUGUCCAAAGUUAUCUAAUAACCUAUUUGCUUGCAAUUGCGUGAUUGCCAUACUCGACGCGCAAAGCUUCCUAAUUUUUGGACAGGAAGGAACAAGGAUUGGAAUAGCCCCCGCCCCCACCCCCACCCUUUUUUGUUCUUCGGAUUAGGUUACGAUGGAUCUGUAAGGUUUCGUAAUUUGUGGUUUGAAACGGGAACAAAUUAGGGUUCGUCAGAAUCCCCAUUUUCAGCGUACGAUGCUUUGAGAGGAAUGACCGAAUGAGGGAUUGAGAACAGACGAUUCUUGGCAAAAAUCCAAUGGGGAUGAACGUCCAAUGUGUGACUUUCAUGGCGGGGUGAAGAAUCUGACCCAAGUUGAUCAGCAACAGGAGGAAGCGGUGCAAUUAAUGGAUACCUCUGUGGCAGUCCCGGGAUUCGAUCCGAAUGCCAGUGAUGAAUCUCAACGAGUUAAAUUCCUUUGUAGUUUUUCUGGUACAAUACUGCCUCGUCCCCAAGAUGGGAAGCUUAGAUAUGUAGGAGGCGAGACACGAAUUGUGAGCGUCCCUCGCGACAUUCGGUAUGAGGACCUCAUGGCGAAGAUGAGGGAGCUUUUUGAGGGAGCUUCUGUAUUGAAAUACCAGCAGCCUGAUGAGGAUCUAGAUGCACUUGUAUCCGUUGUGAAUGAUGAUGAUGUCGCAAAUAUGAUGGAGGAGUACGAAAAAUCGGGAACUGGUGAUGGAUUUACUAGGUUGAGGUUGUUUCUGUUUGCGCAUCCCGAACAAGAUGGUUGCUUAUUACAUUUUGGAGAUGGAGAUGAAAGGGAAAACGAAAGGAGGUAUGUCGACGCACUGAAUAGUCUUAAUGAGUCUCCUGGAAUGGGUUCCUUUGAUGAUAUCCAUGCUGCCGAGCAGUACUUUAACCAGAUGAAUUUAGGAAACCUGACGAUUCCACAUCUGGAUUCAGGACAGCUCCAGCAGGCCGUUAAUCAGAGGUAUAAUGAAAUGGAGGCUCCAUGGAGUCCGGCUUAUUAUUCUCCUAGACAGCACGGAAAUGUAGAUCAGAGGCAUGUUUUAGAGUUUUCGACUUCGCCUUCAUCUUCCCGAUAUCAAAUGCCGUAUACUGAGGAUUAUAAUCGGUCUUCAAUCAAUGCUCAUUCCUUGUACGAGCAUCCGGCGCCGUACACAGACAAUUUGGCAUUGGCUCCACCUGUUUGUGUGGUCAAUGAAAAGGCUGGUUUUCCAGGGAACAUUCUUCAAGCACCCAAUGUUUAUGAGGGAAACAGCAGUGUCUGCGACCAUUGCCGGAUGCCAUAUCAACGUAAUCCAGUUUAUCCCGAUUCUUCUUGGAAGCCCGGUGAUCAGCCACAUGUGGAGCCAUCAAAUGCGGGGAAUGGAUAUCUUCAUGCUUCGAGUGCUUGCGCCGAGUGCCCCCCAAACCGAGAAGCAUACUUGUUGAACUCAGAUUCCAAUUUGCCUCCUCAGUACUAUUACAGGGACCAAAAUGAUCCUCGAUCCUUGUAUACUGAGCUUCAUGGUCAGGAAAGAGGAUGGGUGUCACCGCAUCCUCCGCCAAGUCCUUGGGCUGAUCAGGAGCCUAUACGACAUAUAUCUGUAUCUGGAAGGUUGCCUGAUGGUUACAUUGUGGAGAACGGCAUCAACAUUCCACUGGGACAUGUUAAUGCUUGCGAUGGUCUCCAUGUGCAAUCCCAUUAUAUGCAUCACGAUAAUCCACGGUUUACUCGUCCUGGGGUUGAGUUUGGCAGUCAAAAUUUUCAAGAACAAGCUUUGGCACCUGGAUCACAGGUUCAUCCGCCAUCUGUGGAAGAUCGUGGAGGCAUUCGAUAUGGAAAUCCUGCAUAUGCAUUCCAGGGGCCUCAUGGACAUAUUCAUUCAGCACCUGUAUGGAGAAAUCCUCAUAGCCCCAUGCCCGGUGGUCCCUCUUAUGACACACCUGUUUCGAAUCAGCUAGUUAAUGGGUCUGUCCCUGUGGGAUUCAUCCGAGGUGCAGUUGAGGUUAAUUCCACCGUGAGACCAGUCUUGGAGAAUCAGAAUCCUUGGGGAGAGUCGUUGCAGAAACCUCUGGCCUUUGAUGGAUCACCGGCAAUGGAUUAUUCUCUUACCCUUGGAAAAUUUGCACCCGUUGCUUUGGAGGGUCACCAUCCGCAACAAGUUGAACCCAUUCAAUCAACAGCUUCCCCACUUCGGCCUUCCAUUUCAGGAAAUUCUCUGCCUAUGUCUGUUCCAACAUUAUUAAUUGAUGAUAAAUGUUCGAAUGUGAUUGAUCCUGAGGCGGGCUCUAGGAAUGAUACUGAAUCUACUAUGUCAGUGAGGGUGAAUGAGAACCAUUCAUUAGAAGGGGGAGAUGAGAAAAGUAAUGGAACAGUGGGCAAAAGUUCUCCUGUCAUCGAAAAUGUUGAUAAGCGGUCAGAUGAUGCAGCAUCUUCAGCCUCUAUAAAGUCAAAUGCUCCAGAAGCCGUUGAUGACAACAGUGAUUCUCUAAAAGUCCAUGAAGUUACUCCUAGCAUUUCUCAAAAGCAACCGAAUGUUGAACUUGAUUUCUUGCCUGAACUAAUAGAAUCUGUUAAAGAGAAGGCUGUGGAGAAUUUGAAAGAAGUGAAAGAUAAAGUUCAACAAGAAACUGGUUUGGACAGUGAACAAAAAGACGCUGCUAUAGAGAAUGUUGAAAAUAACAAAGACGGAGUGGACACCAAUGCUGACUUGGAGUUGGAUAAUGAUAAUGAUGUUGACCACUCAGAGAUAGAGCUGACAAAAGCCGAGGCAGAAGCACUUGAAAGAGGAUUGCAGACAAUAAAAAAUGAAGACCUGGAGGAAAUUCGUGAGUUAGGUUCUGGGACAUACGGCUCUGUAUUCCAUGGCAAGUGGAAGGGAUCUGAUGUGGCAAUUAAAAGAAUAAAAGCCAGCUGUUUUGCUGGAAAGCCAUCUGAAAGAGAACGUUUGAUUGCUGAUUUCUGGAAGGAAGCCCUGACUCUAAGUUCAUUGCAUCAUCCAAAUGUUGUAUCAUUUUAUGGAGUAGUUCGUGACGGCCCAGAUGGAUCUUUGGCAACCGUGACAGAAUUCAUGGUUAAUGGAUCUUUGAAACAAUUCCUGCAGAAAAAGGACAGAACAAUUGAUAGGCGAAAGCGACUCAUAAUUGCAAUGGACACUGCAUUUGGUAUGGAGUACUUACAUGGGAAGAAUAUUGUCCAUUUUGACCUGAAAUGUGAAAAUUUGCUGGUUAAUAUGAGAGACCCUCAUCGUCCCGUGUGCAAGAUUGGUGAUCUUGGAUUGUCGAAGGUGAAACAACAUACUCUAGUGUCAGGGGGUGUCCGUGGGACAUUACCAUGGAUGGCUCCCGAACUCCUUAGUGGAAAGAGUAACAUGGUAACAGAGAAGAUUGAUGUGUAUUCAUUUGGGAUUGUCAUGUGGGAGUUGCUUACUGGUGACGAGCCAUAUGCCGAUAGGCACUGUGCUUCUAUAAUCGGGGGGAUUGUGAGCAACACAUUGCGCCCACAAAUUCCAACAUGGUGUGAUCCCGAGUGGAAGGCAUUGAUGGAAAGUUGUUGGGCUGCCGAUCCAGCGCAGAGGCCGUCAUUCACAGAAAUUUCACAGAAGCUGAGAAACAUGGCUGCAGCGAUGAAUCUAAAAUAACACAGAUCGAACAGGACUCCCCCCCUGACCCAAGAGUCAUGGUUAAAGUAUACCAUAAUACGGUCGUUUGAGCAGCUCUUAAUACUUCCGGGGAGCAUGUACGUAUAUAUGAAACCAACAAUUAUAGGUGAAAUGUUGACGUAUAUUGUUAAAACCUUGUGCAUUUAAUCCUAUGUCAUGUACAUUUUUCGCCCUUAUGUACGUUCUCCUCGUUUUUCUUAAAUCAUAUCCCGGGAUCUAACCUUCUCGAGUUUUUGGAGUAGAAGGUAAUUUUUGUUAGCUAGACGUCGUCAUGUUCGAUGUUUUAAAAGAACGCGAUGUUUAGGAAGCUCUUUGGUGGCUAAUGAGGAUAGAUUAUCGUUGUUUGCUCAUGUUCUCGUCUCCUUAUAACUAGUGAGUAGUUGUAUCGAUUUGUUUAUUUAGAAACUGGUCAAUAUGAUUGGAAUUUUUCGACUAUUAGUAAUUUUCUCGACUGAAUUUCAUCGUUGUUUGGGCUACGUGAUCUUAGCUAGCAUUGUAUGCAUGUUUGUGCGCUCGAAUGGAUGGUCGUUCGAUCGGUUUUUGUCGAGAGAAUAGGAUUUAGAACAACUGUGGUUGAUUUGAUUAUUGCUGAUCAUCAUUAUUUUCAUCUUUUUUUGAUGAUCUAUGUAGAGUUUGCUACUA